CUAGGCUCAAAGGCAUCUCAUAAAAAAAGAAGAGAUAAAGCAACUCUGCGUUUUCUGGAAACGACCUUCUCACGCUCUCGCUCCCGAUUUAUCAAGGCUCUCAUUGUUCGGCCCGGAUACAAGCCAAACGAGUGUCUUGACGUCUCCUUACCGCCCGCUCAGGUGUCAUGCGUCGUGCCCAAACUUAACAAAGAUGCUCUUUGUUGGUCGCAGCUCUCGCCCAGUAAGGAUUCAUCUUGGCAAGGACACAAAGAAUCUGGGGCCCAGCCACCAACAAACCCGAACUUUCAUCUUGAGACCAAAUUAGAUCAAGGCCGCCUUUGUUCUGUCCAUUUCAUUCCGGGCUCGCUGCUAUUUGAAGAUAUUAGCCCUGGGCCUUCUCAUCUUCGAUACCCACCAAAUUUGAUAUCCUGUUCAACAACGACUGCUCCCUCGUUUCCUGCGCCGCAGCCUAAAAAGCUCUUCACCUUGUUAUCAUGAUGAAUGGAGGAGGCCGAGGAGGAAGACUACGGUCGAGGGAUCGCGGAGCUGCUGAGAGGGCGCCCACGCGGACGCAGGUCGAAGAUUUCAAAAAACCAAAUCUUCCUGCUUUGAAAGGUGCGCCCAGCGCAAGGCGUCAGUAUGCAUAUGGGGCUGCAACUGAGCCUUCGGCCCCACGGCGCCUCGGCAAUGACGGCAUACCACUGAGCCUAGAGGAGGCUAUGAACAAUGUUCUUCAGAGACAAGAACUUCGGGAGGCCGAAGAGGACAGAGAGCUACAGAGACUUCAGCCAAAUCCACAAAUGGCUCCUCGAUAUGAUCUCACAAGGGAACCUACCUCGAGCGAUCAUGAGUCAGAAUUGAGCUCGGAUGAUGAGCCAAAUCAACAGUCGCGUAGCCUACACAAUAGCAGCCGUGGACAGGUGCCGAAUUCAACCUCAUCAAAGUUAGCAAACACAAGGGCCACUGCAAAAGUGGCCUUCGACAUAUCAUUCCACCAAGAGGAAGAUGAAAUUGAGAGCGAGGAAGGAGACGACGAGGAUGGGGAACUCACUCCCACCGAAAGUGAUGACUCUGACUCACGCAGCUUCGACGCUGAAGGCGAUUACUUUGGAAAUGCCUCAUUAAGACUAUCCCCAUUGCCAUCUCUUCAGCAAAAACCAGUCCUUCAACCUAUUCCGCUAAACAGGACGACAAAUCACCGCCGACCGCCAGUUUCGUCUCUAGGGACAACAAAAGACCAGUAUGAUCAGACUACUCCAGAUCGAGUCAAUCCGACUCCAAACAGAGCCUGGAGCGCCGUCAAAAGCCUUCUUAGGGGGAGGAUUCUCGGGCCUGUCAGUCCUCCUGAGUCUGACUCUCAAUUAAGUCAGACGGCUGGCACGAGCAGACCAGCCGAACAGAAUCAAGCUACAGCGAGGACACGCAUCCACAAACCACCGGCGACUACAAACACAGUAAAUCAACCGCAGGACACGGAUCAACGGGCAGUUUUUAGGCGAAGGAAUGUCAGCAGCUCUACUCAUUUGCCUUCAGCCAUCGCUGCAAGGCAACCUCGCCCUCGCUUUACUUCAGAUCACAGCGAAUUGGAUGAUGCCGUGCAGAAUAAUAUCCGAGAGGCGGAAAGUUACGCUCUGCAGAUGCGUCAAGGAACCUUGCGGCGGAUUCUCGCGUCUCUAUUCCCCUGGGGCUUUGGGCUGCAGUCUCAACCUAGGGACACGCAAUAUAGAGACGGAGACAAUGAUUCUACUACAUCUUCCGAUCUCGGCUCUGACUUUGAUUCAGAACUUGAUUCUACAGCCACCGAUGAAUCCAUCAACUGGCAGCAGCUGUUCAAUCCACUCACAUAUUUACAGGCCAUCUACUGGUUUUUCAGCACCAUGGUAGAAGGCGUCACCAGCUCUUUCUCUGGCUAUUUCUCCGGCUUUUUCUCAGAGUCUUUACGGCAGAGGCUCGCGGUUAUUGGCGAGGCGCUCCUUUACACUGUCAGUGGCUUUUCGUUCCUUUUACUGGCCGUAGUCCUCUCCAGCAUUGCCAUCGCCAAUUUACCAAGCUUGGAUGAGCUACCUGAUAUAUCUGUUCCAUCAGUUUCAAUACCAACGCCACCCGGCAUUGGGGACCUUGCUUCUCGAAUCGGAAGCCUCAUUCCGUCUAUCUCCUGGUCUUCACGAAGCGUGUGGGAUGAUUUCCCAGGACUAGAUGAGCUGCGAGGUGACCAAUAUGUUGAGUUUGAGGAUCUAAUCAACCAGAUACUACGAGAUCUCCGCCUAAUGAAAGGUGCUGGGAAGCUUCACGAGUCCUCAAUCGAAAAACUAAACACAGUUGUCCCCAAGGUGGUGCACAUGACGCUCAAAGACGGAAAGCCAGUUAUCUCACAGGAGUUUUGGCAUGCCAUGCGAGAUUUGAUUGAGAAAGACGGCAGCUUCCCGAUGCUGGAUAAGAAGGGCAAUAAUUAUGAGCCAUCGACAGAGAAGCAAUGGAAGGAUAUCGCUGCGUGGGUGGCAGGACGUCCUGAAAUCUCUUCAAAGAUUAAUGAAGCAAACGAUGCAAUUGCCAAAAAACUACCACAUAUGUGGGAAGCGUGGGCAGGCGACAAUCAGCGCCGAGUUGAGCAAACUCUCCGUCCCAUCCUUGACAAGAUGAAAAUCACCGGAUCUCUCUCAGAUAAGGACCUCGAUAAGCGCCUUGAUCAGAUAAUCAAGAAACACGUCGAGAGCAACAAGAGCGACAGUACUGUCGUAACUCGUGAAUAUUUCUUGCAAUACUUGAAGAACGAGUUCGCCGCUCACUGGAGUGAGAUGAAGGCCGAAAUCAAUGAGUUGCAGCCCAGGCUAGAGCAGCUGAUACGCGACUCUCUCGAGCUCGCCAAGAAGGAUGAUUCUUCAAGCCUAACGCGGGCAGAAGUUACCAAACUUGUUGACAGAUCAAUACGUAAGGCUAUUGCUGACCUCAACCUGGAGGCCAUGGCCAAGGGCCAGAUUCGUGCGCACUGGGAUACCGAUCUAAAGAACCAAGUCAACUAUUUUGGAGUCGGCGCAGGGGCGAUUGUGGAUCCCAAACACACAUCUACGACAUUUAAGCCCGAUGCGAAAUAUCUAAAUGACAAAGGCCUCAAAGGUGCUCACCCAUAUGCACCUAUAGAGGCUCUCCUCCCUUGGCAUGACGAUGGCGAUUGCUGGUGUGCUGCGCGCGAGGUAAACAAGCGCGGUAACCCGCAUGGUGCGAAGCUGAGCGUGAUCAUGGGCCAUUCAAUCAUCCCUCAGCAUAUUGUGAUUGAACACAUCUUGCCUGGCGCGACGACAAACCCUGGUGCUCGACCCCGCCAAAUUGAAGUAUACAUCAAAGUCGAGGACAGAGCUGUGCGCGAGCGCCUUCUGGACUUUGCCGCGGCACAUUAUCCAGAAGAUCAGUUCGACUGGAACUAUACGCCGGCUGACCUGCCUUCGCAGUUUGUCAAGGUUUCUCAGUUCGUUUAUGAGGGCGCAGAACUUCAUGACGGUGUUCACGUUCACCGUCUAAGCAGCGAACUCGUGGCUCUUAACGCAGAGACAGACCAGGUGAUUGUUCGGGCUGUUAGCAACUACGGUGCUCCGAAUCACACGUGUUUCUACCGCAUUCGCCUCUUUGGGUACAAGGAUGAUAUGUAAAAUUGGGGGGAUAAGGGAAGAAAAGGGGGAGUACAACAACAAAAGAUUAUGCAUUCGGCGGCGUCAUAGGAGCGUUUUAUUUAUUUUGAUCUCUUCUUGAAUUUUGUCCUUUUUUUUUUCUUCUCUCUUAUUGAUAGUGGGUAAAGCAUCUUAUUUUUGCUUUUUGUUUUCUGGUAGCCUGGCGCACGCAGAAUAGGAUCGGAAAUUACAGAUAGGCAGAUGAGCAGAGAGAGAGAGAUGAACCAGUAAAGGAAGAAUACCCCUCGUAACGAAAUGCCUUUUUUUUUCAAGUCCUGUAUGAAGUACAGAUGAGAAUGUGGCGUUUUCGUACGUAUUUGAAUGAAACAAUAUAGAUUCACCUUUAGGAGCUUUGGGGGCUUUCAUUCAUCAUACUGUUGAUAUUAUG